AUGGAUGAAGAACAAUGGCGGCAAAUGGAGUUCCCUGAGGCAGAAGCUCUAGUUUUGUAUUUCACUGCAGAAAAUGGAUAUUGCAUUCCAACAUUUUUGGGCACAAUGAAGAAACUGAAGAUUCUGAUAAUCAAUAAUCACAGUGCACGAAGAGCCACACUCAGUGGACUGAAUAGUUUUGAAAAACUUUCUCAGCUCAAAACUCUUCAACUUGAAAGGUUACGAGUUCCGCCUCCGGAUCGCUACUUCAAUUGUCCGAAGAAUCUGGUGAAACUAUCCCUGAGUCUAUGUGAGGGCCUUGGUGACAUGGUUAGAUUAGAUAAGGAUAAUUUUUUCAACUUUCCAGGGCUUUUAGAAUUUAAUGCCGAUCACUGCAGUGAUUUGGAGGAGUUGCCAAGAGGAAUCUGUUCUUCGAAUUCCCUGAAAUUACUGCUUGUAAGAAACUGUCACCAGCUUUCGAAGUUACCUGAUGAGUUGGGAAGGCUGCGCCUGCUAGAGGUGCUAAGCUUGUGUGCGUGUGCAAGCUUGGAAGUACUGCCACAAUCUAUCCUCAAUCUUCAAAAGUUAGAAAUCCUUGACGUCUCCCACUGCGUGAAUUUGAAGGUGUUCCCUGAUAGAUUUCACGAACUAUCGAGUUUGAAGCAGCUGGACAUGGGAGAGUGCCGUAAACUGCCACAGUUUUGCGGAUCGCUUCCCCGACUCAGAUCUCUUAAUCAUGUGAUUUGCAGUGAGAAAAAUGAGCAGCAGUUGAAGCGUUUACGCAAUGUCAGUUUUAAUGUGGAAGUCGUUGAAGAACAAUUCGGUUUAGACUGGCUUUACGAUAGGUAA